GCAAUGACUCACUAUUUUGCAGGAAGAUGGAAUUUACUGCGCCAAUUGUUUCUCGUGCUGUAACACUAUUUGGCAGCGGAAGAAGAGGGGAAGGUUUUUGGCCGUAGAAUCGGUGUUGCCAUCAAACGGAGACUGGCUUGGCACAGGGGACAAACGGGAGACGAAAAUAUCCUUCAUAUCUUGCUAUAAUUUCACAAUAAAGCGGGUCUUCGCAGAGACCUGAUGUGACCGUCAUCCCUGAACAGAGACAUCCGCCUGCUCCGAAGUCAGUCCUCAACCAUCCGUGGACAAUCUGGGUUGAAUACCAUAAUCCGUCCCUAUCCCUUUUUUCUGCUUUCACUGGGUAUCAUAGAUAGACGCUUUACUUUUUAACUCCCUCCCUCCCACUGGGCAAAAACUGGUUGAAUAAAAGUUGUUUCCACAUCAUUUCAACCCCAAAAAACAAUAUGUUGACGUUGAAUCAACGUGGAAAACUGAUUGGAUAUGCAAAAAGUCAUCAACAUAAGGGCAUUUUGUAAUUUUUUCACUCAACUUUUAACCUAAAUCCAAUGACAUGGUGACAUUUUUUGUUGGUUUCAUGUUAGUUGACAACUCAACCAAAUGCAAAUCAAAACUAGAUGUUGAACUGACAUCUGUGCCCAGUGGGCAGUUUCCAUUUUCUGAAUUGGUUGCCAAAUAGAUUUUCACUUUCUCACUUCCUCUGACUGGACCCACUGGAUUCUAUUAAGAUUUAUUCCCUGGCUGUUGUCCAUCUCUCUGGGCUAUUACAUAAAUCAUUAAUGUUUUCAUUACAUUCAUAUUUUUAUACCCCAGACUUGGUACCAUAGAUAUUUUCACCCUAGUCUGGCAGCUCGGCUGCUCCCCUAUAUGCUGAUGAAUGAAGACCCAAUUCAGGAAGAGCGCGCCGGGCCAGCGAUCCAGAGCUGAUGCAGGAAACAAAAGAACAGCAUGGGCCCCAACAAGGCAGUGUCGUCGGCGCCACGGCGGAACAUGGUGGGCUGUCGUAUCCAGCACAUCUGGAAGGAGGGGAGUGCUACGUCUCAGUCGCAGUGGAAAGGCACGGUGCUGGACCAGGUGCCCGUCAACCCCUCGCUCUACCUCAUCAAGUACGACGGCUUCGACUGUGUCUACGGCCUGGAGCUGCAUAAAGAUGAGAGGGUACAGGGCCUCGAGGUGCUCCCUGACCGUCAAUCCUCUACGCGCAUCAGCGACGUCAACCUGGCUGACACGAUGAUAGGGAAGGCAGUGGAGCACAUGUUUGAGACGGAGGACGGAACUAAAGACGAGUGGAGGGGCAUGGUUCUGGCCCGGGCACCCAUCAUGAAUACCUGGUUCUUUAUCACCUACGAGAAAGACCCCGUCCUGUACAUGUACCAGCUCCUAGACGACUACAAGGAGGGAGACCUGAGGAUCAUGCCUGACUCAAAUGACGCUACGCCUGCGGAGCGGGAGCCGGGGGAGGUGGUGGACAGUCUGGUGGGGAAACAGGUUGAGUACGCUAAAGAGGACGGCUCCAAACGAACUGGCAUGGUCAUCCACCAGGUGGAGGCCAAACCCUCCGUAUACUUCAUCAAGUUCGACGACGACUUCCACAUCUACGUCUACGACCUGGUCAAGACCUCCUAAGGGCCACCUUUGACCUCUGACCCCUUUUCACACUACUGAGCCGAAUCGAGCAGUGCUGGUCUGUUUACGUGUCCAUCCACCAUUGCUGAAAAGGACUAUGUGGGAAAAAUAUUUCAUAGAGAGCCAGUAUAGCCUGGUUCGGGUCAGCACGGUAGUGUGAAAAGGCUACUGGGUCACUGGGCCCAGAGGACAGGAGGGCUGUCUGGGGAGUUAACGAUGGAUGCGGAAGUUGUGGGGAAACUCUACCAUGCAGGAAAGACGAUCAACCACCACCAUCACCACAUGGAACCUUAUCUUAUCCACCAAUUUUCCCAAAAUAUCUCUUCAACGUUUCAUGCAAAUACUUCUUUGAGAUGUGACAGACGGACAACUGGAUUGGAUAUUUCACUGAAGCCUUUGGAUUUCUACUCAUGAAACAUCUCUGAUAGCUCUAGUCAGAGAAGAAAAAGGGGGCACUGUGCAUCUGAAUUAGUGGCCACAAUUUGUUUCGUCAACUGUCUAUCCCCUGUAGUUGAGUGAUCCUAUGGAUACAUCCCAUCAAUCUCUAAGGGAAAGGACAGGGAAAUGAUAACAAGCCUAAUAUUUGCACACUGCAUAUAAAGUUAGUUGGCAUCUCAUUCGAUUAUUAUCAGUGAUUUGAUGACCAAACCAGUCAUAGCAAUGUAUAUCCUAUAUAUGUGUGAGUGUAUGAGCUCUUGUGUUCAUUAUUUUGUUGUACAUGCAGUUCUGGAGUCCCCCUAUCUUACAGUGGUCAGUGACUACAGUACUUGGGUUUGUUUCAGUUUCGUAGAAUCAUUCAAACCCUGACUAUGAUUACAUUUGUUUCUUUGUAAUGUUGAAAGAUAUGCAACAACAUAUGCAGUGAGCAAAGAAAUGUGUGGAAGUUAUGAGAGGGAGGUGACCAGUGUUUUAAAAUGAUAUUUUGGCAAUGAGGCCCUUCAUUUACUUUCCCAGAGCCAGAUGAAGUCGUGGAUACCAUUUGUAUGUCUCUGCGUGCAGUUUGAAGGAAGUUGCUAACUAGCGCUAAUGCAAUUGCUAACUAGCGUUAGCAUAAUGACUGGACGUAAUUGACAAAAUCCCAAAGUAUCCCUUUGAUUCAAACGUUUUAUUUUUUUCCAAGAACUUGUUUACUUUAUACUGUAUUUAAUGUAUAUUCAUAGAAAAUAAUAGUUUGAUACAGAUUUAGUUCUAUCACAGCACUAAUUUCAAAAAAUCUUCUUAGAAGAUAGAGGAUUUAAGAGCACUUGUUUGUUUUAGUUUUUUUGUCUGAAAGGACAAUUAUAUUUUGAUCAUCUCAACAACACUAUUCAAAAAUGGUUAACCAGUGAGAGCGUUAAUCUGUUGUCCUGAGAAAGAUUUUGUUUAAUAUGCCUUGCCAAAUCCCUCGACCCUUUUAAUUCAUUAUUCAUUCAUAAUAACAGCAAUAAUUGUUCAGAUAAUAGUUGUUUAUUGUUGUUCCUGUAUUCAUAUGUUUACAACAGUUUGUUUUGUUGGGAAAAUCUAUUUUCGUUACUUUUUUACUUGUCAUACGUUACUUAGAAUCAUCACAUUCUUCUUGACCUCUGUGUUAAACACACUUUCUGUUUAAUUGUCAUAGUAACAUUUUAGUAAACUGUUUUCUCAUGGCUUUUAAAAACUGAAGACGGUAUGGUAAAAGCACUGCAAAGUAAGACAAUUAUUUAGAAGUGAAAAUUCCAUACCAGCUCCUCAAAAGUGUUCUAAAUUCAGCAGUACCACUACAACAAUACUAGAGUGAUUUUCAAAACAUUUUCACACAACUGUUAAUACACAAGAAGUAUUCAAAACUUUAAAUGCAACACCCACUUUAUGGAGUGCAUGAAAUAUUGUACUUGACGAACGGUUACUCGCCCUGAAAGAGAUUUUUAUUUGCUGUGUGUUUGUGUGUGUGUGUAACCAAACUACAUGUUCCACCAGAUGACCUCUUAGUAUGCUCCUUUAGGGACGUUACCCCUGUUGUCAGAGAAACAGUGGGCAACUAAGUGGUCUAGAACCUCUAAGAUACAGAUGUUGUUAAUUAGUUUGUAACGUAUGUGACUGUAACUCCCAACACUCCACCCUCACUGCUUUCUCCAUGCCCUCCAUGACACUGAAGCAGUGUAUGUUCAGAUGCAGUUUCUGAAGAGGGGUAGUACUGUUCUUUACAGUAUUCUGCAUAGUAACAGAACAGAUUAGCUGUUGUGACUGAUUUUGAGAUUAAGUCCCUCUGUUAGAGGAGUAGCUAAUGCUUACUCUAGGUUAUACACAAAGUAUGACUGAAUGGUAGCUUUAGAGAUGGAUAGGAAAACCUGAGAGUAUGUAUAUCGGUUAUAAUAAAGAUGAUAAUUUUAAGACCCCGUACAGUAUAAAGCCCCUCUAUAUCAGAAAAGCUACACACAAGUAAAUAUCUUCUAUAACCUGUUGUAUUCCAAACUGCAAACUGACUUGUGUUUUAUGCAAGAAGUCACCUUCAGAAAACAAUUGAAAGUGUUCGAUGAAUUGGCCUUUCACACUUGCCUACUGUAGUAUUGUACUGUGUUUGAUGUCAGUUCAUUGUGGGAUAGAAAAACAGACCAUUCGUUUUGCAUGAGUAGCGAAAACAGAACUGUAAGUGGAAGUUAGUGUGAAAUGUGAGAUGUAUGUGUGUAUCUCUCAUUUUAUUUAAGUUUUUCUAUGAUAUGUUCAAUGUGUUUCUUAUUGUGACAUUCCCUUCUUCUUUUUUUUUGCAUUUCUAAAGAAAAACAGUUAUU